UGAGUAAACAUGGCGACUUCGGUACAAUUUCAAUAUUGGAAAAUAAAAUUAUUAGGCCUAACAUUUUAAAACAUUAUAGAUCUCAAUUAUCGUUCUCAACCAUGAGAUUGCCUUAAGAAUUUAUUAACUAAAGCAGAGACUUAAAAAAAAACUGCUAACAACUUCCACCUACAUUGUCUGCAGUGUAUAUCCUUUUAAACUGACGUAAGAUCAUCGCCAGUCUUUCUGCUCUGUUGUCUAAAUAAAUAUAGGACAUGGAUUUCUCAUUUAGUGUAAACAAAUUGCUGCAUGAUGAAAUAUCAGUUGUUGACAGUACACUUCAGUUAUGUAGAGCCAAUGGAACUGACAGGCAAAAUUUCCGUCAAUUACAAAGUAUGCUGUAUGACAUUGUGGAUAAGAUGGGUGAAGCAUCAGCUAAGGCACAAAGUUUACAUGGGCCCAUUACUACUGGCAAAAGACUUGAAACAUCUGGACACAGGGUCUACAUUAUGAAAGACAACAAUAGUAAUCGUGGGAUGGGGUGUGUGAUUGGCAUUUUGAAAGUUGGAAGCAAAAAACUUUUUGUGUACGACAACAGCAAGAAACAGCAUGAGAUGGAGCCACUGUGUGUUCUAGACUUUUAUGUUCAUGAGUCUCGGCAAAGAAUGGGCUGCGGGAGAAAACUUUUUGACUUUAUGCUUAUGAAUGAAGGAAUUCGUGUUGAACAUCUAGCCAUAGACAGGCCUUCACCAAAGUUUCUCUCAUUUUUAAAACGACAUUACAAACUAGAAGCAAGCAUUCCACAAGUGAACAAUUUUGUUGUAUUUGAGGGCUUUUUUGCAAACAGAGCAGACAGAGGAAAUAACAGAAACAGAAGGAAUGAUGGGUACAAUAGACCAUACUCAGGUAACCAAAGAAAUCAGCGAUCUAAUUAUUAUGAAUCAAAUCCUGCACAAGCUUACAGAAAUAGUCCACUCAGUGAGUUAUCUGUAAAGAAAGCUGAAUCAGGCUUUAAUGUACCUGGUGUUUAUACACAAUCUCAUAGUCACAUGGGAGCUGGUGAUAUGAUGUACAGCCGACAUGGAAUCAAAACCAGCAGUCGAAACAGUGCUCAACAGUAUAAUGCUUUCAACAACCAGCAAUAUUCUCAGAGUGAAUCUAAUUUAAACCGUGCCACAGUUUCUCCACAAUGGGUUCAUGAAGAAAAUAUGCAAAACAGAAACAAUGAAGCACCAUCGCCUUCUGAAUAUCAAAGCAAUCAAAACUACAGACCCUCCUCUGGCAAGAACACUAACUCUAUACCAUCUGCAACAUUAAACCAGCAAAGAGUUACCACUCCUCCAACUGUGAUUGACCCAAGGUUCCCUAAACAAAUGCCAGAUAACAUUUCCUCCACUGCAUCAAUGUUGCCAGUUAUAACAGUCACAGGUCUACCUCCCAGUGGAAAACGCCCUUUUAAAAACGAAAACUUUGAACCCCCUGAACUAAGGCGCAAUGAGCCACCAGCAAGCUAUAAGGAGUUAUUAAAUUUGCAUCAACAAUAUCAAGGAAGAAAUGGCCAUCUUUCAUUGCCUCCAAGUCAGACAGACACUUAUCCACAUGUGACAACACCAUCAGCACCCAGCUACGCAGCACCUGCGCUCCCAUCAAACAGAAACACCUCGUGGACAGUGAUGGGUGCUUUGAGAGAUCAGAGACUAGCAGCGCCGGCAGCUUCCAGAUAUAAUCCCAACAGGCUCUGGUGAUGUUCAUGUUAGCACUCAUCCCUGUGUUACCCAUUUAUUGCUUGUUCACUGUUUUUUUAUAAUCUUACUAUGUGAUAUGGCUUUACAGAAAAAAACUGUACUGGUGAUACAGCUGAAUUUGUAGCCAUUUUAAAUCAAACUGUGAUAUAAAUUAUGCCUUGAAGUGAAAUAUAAUUUUAAAUGUUUAUUAUUAUUUUCGGCAAAAGCUAAAAGUACUUAAUGUAUAGUUCAAUCACUUUAGGAAUCUGACUUACAACUCUCUCAACUUCUUUAAACUUUAUUGAAGUGCCUUUUGGUCAAUAAAUGUAAAAAAUGUUGAUUUCUAAUUCACAAUAAUUAUUUGUUUUUGUAAAAUGCAAGUUUUUUAAUUAAUUAUUCAACCCUUUGUUUUUUUUUCAAAGACCUUUCUUUACAUCUAGCAUGAACUUAAAAUAUUGAUGAAGAAUAAAUCAGGGGUAUGCAAAUGUUUUAAAGGGAUUGGGACUAAAUGUAGGCUUUAAUAAUGCAGCGGUCUCUGCUUCAUAAUGAUAUACUAGACUGUAGGGGCUAGUUCAUUCAUCCCCUUAUCUCUUUGUAUCUUAACCAGAAAAACUAGCAAAUUGUGAGAUAAAAAUAGAGAUCUAAUAAUAUCUUCAGCUGUCAGGUAUAAUUCGGGGGGGGGGGUGUGGUCAAGCAGUAGAGCCUAUGCCUAAUAAUCAUGAAGUCAUGAGUUCGGCUUCCAAGCUGUAAUUAGCUUGUUCUCAGAACAGACUACCCCCUCCCCCAAUCUAACCAAUCAGAGUAAGACACCAGGGAGUACAAGCCUUAUUGAAACAACAGAUCUAGUAGCUGGCAAUAUCAUUCAAUAUUUUGGUGCAUGAUCUGCUCUUUGAUGGAUCAGCCUGGCUUAGAGACAUUGCUCAUGCCAGAUAGUAGUGCAAGAAAGCUUUACACACAACAUCGAUUUAAAAAAGCAGAUUUACCACUGACAAGGUCAAAAUCCAUCCUAUCUUAUCUGUACUAUUGUGCAAGAUUGCCAUGAGUGAUUGUAACAUCUUCCAGUUAUGAUGAACAGCUUUAUAUUGACAUCUAAGUGUGUACAUCAUCACAAUAUUUUCCAAAAAAAAAAAAACUUUUUUAUAAUUCAACUUGUCACUGUUACUAUGGUUUGUGUAAAUUGUAUGUUGACAAAACAAAUAUACAAAUAAAGAACAUUACAAAUGAG